UACUGGGCUUGGCCCACAACGAUGAACAUCUGGAAGAGGAGCCUCUUCUCCGUGUGUGAUCGUAGCAGAGCGAGGGAUGUGGCUGCGUUGCGUAGUACUUCGCCAUGGGCGAAUACCACCUCUCCCCCCUUGCCCUAACCCUUCGUGGUUCGUUUCCUCCUUUUCCUACUCCAACGCACCCUCCAAAAAGGGAAAGGCAGCGCCUUUACAGGAGAGGAGAAUGGUGGAUAGGUUCAGGCUAUGGGCGAAGGGCGGGGAGGGCGGAAACGGUUGCUGCAGCCUCCGCCGCAGCAGAUCCGAUCGCCAUGGGAAACCUGAUGGUGGAAAUGGCGGUAGAGGAGGUGAUGUUAUUCUCGAAUGCUCGGCGGCUGUUUGGGAUUUCAGUAACCUGCAACACCAUUUGAAUGCGAAACGUGGAGGGCAUGGAGUUUCGAAAAAUCAGAUAGGUACUCGAGGAUCUGACAAGGUUGUACAAGUACCGGUUGGCACUGUAAUGCAUCUAGUCGAGGGUGAAUUACCUUCUUUCGUUGAGAACAACUCCGUGAGAUCUGCGGAUCCAUGGGAUAUUCCAGACAAUUCGGAGGAUUUCCGAGCAAAACCUGUUCAAAACAAUGCGAAUGCUUUUAAACACUCAAUGGUAAAAGAAGAUCGUCGUGCUUCUACUUCAUAUUCUUGUAACAAUGGCAGUAAGGAGAUCAUAGGAAAAGGGAAUCUGAAACCACACAUUAGUCCUUUCUCUGAAAAAGCAUUUCCAUCAAUUGAAGAUGGAGUAAGUCAUGAUCAUUCAUAUGGAACUGAACCAGAAAAUGAAGAAGAAGAUCAUAGUGAAGAUGAUUUUGAUUAUGAUGAUGGGGAGGAGGAGGAGGAGGAGGAGGAGGAGGAGGAAGAGGAGGAGGUGCAAUAUGCUGUUGCAGAAUUGACUGAGCCGGGCCAACGCCUAAUAAUCGCUCGAGGUGGGGAGGGUGGUCUCGGUAAUGCUUGUCUAAGGAAAGAUCACAAGUCCCGCAAAAAGAUCAAAGAUAAUUCUUCCAAUUUGGCAUACAUUGAUGAUGAAGAUGAAUCUUUGUUACAUACUGGAAAGCCCGGAUCUGAAAGCGUGCUUAUCCUAGAAUUAAAGAGCAUUGCGGAUGUCGGCCUUGUUGGCAUGCCAAAUGCUGGUAAAAGCACCUUGCUAGGGGCCCUUUCACGUGCCCAACCUGUUGUGGGCCAUUAUGCUUUCACCACUCGAAGACCCAAUAUAGGAAACUUGAAUUAUGAGGACUUUUUUUCUGUAAAGGUGGCGGACAUUCCAGGGCUAAUUAAAGGCGCUCAUCAGAAUCGGGGGUUAGGGCAUGCUUUUUUGAGGCAUAUAGAGAGAACAAAAGUCUUGGCCUAUGUUGUCGACUUAGCUGCAGCUUUGAACGGUAGAAAGGGAAUUUCACCAUGGGAACAGUUGAGGGAUUUGGUUUUGGAGCUCGAGUAUCAUCAGGAAGGAUUGUCGAGUCGGCCUUCUUUGAUAGUUGCCAAUAAAAUUGAUGAAGACGGUGCUGAAAAAGUGUGUGAAGAAUUACAGAGGAGGGUUCGAGAUGUUCCAAUAUUUCCUGUUUGUGCUAUUUUACAGGAGGGAGUUCCUGAACUGAAAACUGGACUAAGAAGACUGAUAGAUGGAAAUGAAGCACGGAGUCUUGAUCUGAGUAAAAUUAUUGUUGAUUAAAUUAAAGCAGUUACAUGGUCUUAAACGGCAAGGCGUUGCUGCGAUGCCGAAUCAUACAAUUUUCAAAUUCCUUUGGAACUAGCAUGGGUGGCAACCUUUCUAGCACACAAGGCAUGAUGUGCAAUUUCAUCUUAUGCGAGUCAAAAGCCAUGCUAUGAAGACCAGGGAAAGAUGCUCUAAUGAUACAGCAUCGAAACCUUCUGUUUCCACUGGGCCAAUAGAGAAAACAAACAAGAGAAAAGAAGUACACACACGCGAGAUCGAAAUCUGAAGAGAAGAGGCGAUGACUCGGCGGAACUUAAUUUUUUGUUGAUUCAUUUGAAUACCACCUUAGCAGGACUUGCAUUGAAGACAUAAAGACAUGCACUGGAGGGUGUAACUUUUAAGAAGCUGCUAGUGAAGCCAUCACAUACCCCAUUGUCAUGCUUUUUGGAGUAGAGAGAUACUGUAUAAUUAUUUUUAUGGUGCAAUAAUGUUAUGUGCAAUCAGUAUACUCAGUUGUUAGAAAUGGAGAAUAGUGGUUAAUUUGUUUGACUUGGAAAAUUAUUGUUAUCUUCUUGGGGUGCAUGAUGUAAUGAGAUACUUUACUCAUUUUCUUUUGCUUUUGAAUGGCUUAAUUUUCUUUUUUUUU